UCCUCACUCUUUGUGAGCAGGCUCUCUUGGCACGGGCCGAGCUGAGUCAUGUGAAAGCAGAACAAAGCGUGGCAGCCUAAAACUGACAACUAAUGAAAUACCUCUGGCUGGCCAGGGUUGGCGCAGAGAGAGAGGGAGAGAAAGAGAGAGAAAGAAAGAGGGAGGAGGGGCACACAGGGUGGGAUGGGGUGGGGUGUUGGUUGUAGGGGGUUUUGGGGGGGCGGUGGGGGUGGUGGGGGUGGUGGAGUGAGGACCGGAGCGAAAGCUGUGACCCCCCAGCCCCUGCCAAACAGCCUAUCCAUGGCUUAUCAACACAGCACUCUGGACACAGAGAGAGCAGUACUGGCACCACAUCCACCCCUGUGCAGCCCGUAUAUAUUGCACCCCACAGUGCCACUUCAUACACUGGCACAGGCAGGGACUGACAUUUCCAUUACAUCGCAUUCCAUCCCGGUUCAUCAUGGCCACUGACCACCCAACCCCUGCAGCUAAGCAGCAGCAGCCAGGCCCUCCUGCAUUCAAGCUGACCAUCUUUGACCAGGAGAACUUCCAGGGCCGUUGCCAUGAGCUGACGGGGCCGUGCCCUAACCUGCAGGAGGCCGGAGUGGACAGAGUGGGCUCCAUCUUGGUGUACUGUGGCCCAUGGGUGGGCUACGAGCAGGCAGGCUGUAAGGGGGAGCAGUAUAUCUUUGAGAAGGGGGAGUAUCCUCGCUGGGACUCCUGGACCAACAGCAGACGCAGCGACAAUAUCUUCUCCUUCCGCCCCAUCAAAGUGGACAGCCAGGACCAUAAGAUUGUCCUGUAUGAAGGUCCUGGCUUUGCGGGCAAUAAGAUUGAAAUUGUUGAUGACGAUGUCCCCAGUUUCCAUGCCUACGGCUACCAGGAGAAGGUGUCAUCAGUGCGUGUUCAAAGUGGCAUAUGGGUGGGUUAUCAGUACCCAGGUUACCGUGGCUACCAGUACCUAUUUGAGAAGGGCGAGUACAAGGACCAUUCCGAGUUUGGCGCCGAGGCCCCUCAGAUCCAGUCAGUGCGCCGCGUGCGCGACAUGCAGUGGCACCAGAAGGGGGCGUUCCACACCACCACUUAAAGCGGCCCCUUGCUCUCUCCCCUCACCGCCACGCCUGAACGCUCGUGUCUGCCAGCGGCCACCGGCACCACUCACACGCUCCCCCUCUGCCCACUCCUCAUUCGUCUGUGCCCACUGCGGCUGUGCCAGUGCCACCCUGCAACUGUUCAAACAAAUAAAUUCUUGUGCUUCUCAAA